AUGGGCCAGUCAGCCUCGCACCCGCCUGUGCACACACUCGACCCGCGCACACGCUCACGGGGACCGUCACCAGCGCCACCCGCUGCACGAGAGCCGUCACCGUUACCGUCACCGUCACCGUCACCGCUGCCGACGACUUCGACGAUACGGCCGCCUCCGCGCAGACCCACACACGGUCCACGCAAACGAUCGCUCGAGCUCCCAGACUUGACUACCAAGCUUGGUCUCACCCCACACGUACGCUCUCCGCCCCAGCAAGCACCGAGCAUUCCCAUCCCCAUCCGAGCACAGCCAAACGACAGAGACAGAGACAGAGACCGCGAACGCAUCCACCGCUUCAACAACACCAACGACUCGCUCCUCGACGUCCAAGCCAUGAACGACGUGCUCCCAGCCCCGCACCACGCGCCGCACCACCCGAGCCCGUCCCACCGCCGCGGAGGAUACCAUGCGCCCCCAUCGUCCCUUGUUGCUCGGGCAUCGGCCGCACCCGGCACCCCACCGACCUUGUCCUCGCCCCCCAAGCGCCGGUCGCCAAAGAAGACGGGCGAGCACAUCUACUCGACCAUUCCCCUCGGUGUCUCCAAGGGCAAGUCACGCGCCGACACACCCGCCCCACCUGCUGCCACCCUCGUCCCCACCCCCCUCGUCUGGCCCCAUGACGGCAUCCGCGUCGAGGUUGCAGGCACCUUUGACCGCGACUGGCAAGGCCGCCGCACCCUCGUAUGGGACCCCACAUCCCAUAGCCAUGUCACCACCCUCGAUCUGCGCCCAGGCACAUACCGCCUCAAAUUCAUCGUCGACGACCAAUGGAAGUGCUCAGACAGCCUCCCCACAGCCGUCGACGACGCAGGCAAUCUCGUCAACUACAUCGAGGUCGCCGAGACAGACGGUGUCCUCGGCUGGGAAAAGGGCCUCACCAGCGCCCCAGGUACGACCGACUUCGCUCGCACCUGGGCCCCGAUUGACACGCGCACAGACCAUCUUCCUCCCUGGACGUCUGAAAUCCCGCCCCUGCUCUCCGAUGCUGUUAAAAAGGAGGAAGAAUAUCUCGCACAGCGCGGCCAGCCCAAUGCCCCCUCUCCCCCGCUUAUUCCUCACCCCCCAGCCCUCCCCCGUCAUCUUGAAAAAGUAAUUCUCAACGCCCGCACGACAGGAAACGCAUCGGCCGCGAGUGGAGUGGGAAAACCAACAGUUGCAUCCAUGGGUGGAGUCGGCGCCGCGGGCGGAGCUGAUGACAACUCGGUCCUACCCGUACCCAACCACGUUGUACUCAACCAUCUCGGUACAAGUGCCAUCAAGGGCGGAGUUUUGGCCGUUGGAACCACGACGAGGUAUCAUCGAAAGUAUAUUACUACGAUCUACUACAAACCCGUCUCAUGA